UUAUUACGGCGGGGGCGCAAUAUUUACUAUAGUUUUAACAAUGUACCCCUCAGCAGACGUCUGACCUGGUGGCAGUGGUGUUUUCCUGACACUGGCGUGAAAGAGCCAAUACCUCUCUACAGAUGCUAUUUUAAUCAGUGUAUUUAAUUGCAUAUAGAGCACAAUAGCGACUUUCUGCCUUCAAAGUAGGCGGAUGCAAAUGUGGGUUCAGAUCCUACCUCAGACUUUCUAUAUUACCCUUUGCGUUGGCAGUAGUUGCAAGACCGAUGAAACAUUCUGGAAAAAAAUCAGUUUUUACUUGGUUAAGCAAACAAACUGUAAAAUGUUCAGUCAAGCUUUCGCAGUUUAUGUGAGCUGCCCGUUUCAUAAUAAGUGAUUUGUCAAAUAAGGAAAGAAUAACAACUUCUCCUCAGUUAGGGACACCCUAUAGACUAGGAACAUUGCUUUUGGAAAUGUCGUUUCAGCCCAAAGACUGUUGUUUACAGUCUGCAUCUUUGACACCAUAAUUUUGCCCGUAUGGUUCUAUGCAGUAGGCGGGGCUCUUUCCUCAAGCUCCUAGGGUUGGUGUCUCUGACCUCGCCAUGCAAAUUCUGUUCGUGUGGAAUUUGCAUGUUAUUCCUGUGGGUUUCUUUCCGCACUGCAGAGACAUGCAGUUUUAGGUUUAGUGGUGCCUCUCAAUCGUCUGUAGCUCAUGACUGUAUGUGCUUAUGCGUGUCCAAAGCACUGACACCCCAUCCAGAGUGAAAGACAGCCUUUUGAUGCUUUGGAGAGACCCCUUGUGAUCCUGACCAGAAUACAUUGUUGAAAGAUGGAUGGAUAUUUUCGUGAUUACUGACUCCAUUCCUGCACAUUACUGCUUUGAUCCUUCCGAUAUGCUUGAAGUUUAGUUGACAGUGAACGUGCAGGGUUGUCUUUUUAGGCGAGCAUUUAUACCUGCAAAAAGUAGAAUUUUUAUCUGCCUCAUUUUGAGUAUGAUUUAUUUUUUUUCCAUUUUUUUCAUCUCUUUUGCUUAUAUCAAAACUUUUUACAAAAACUCACCAACCAAGCAUUUUUGAAAUGUUUUGUUUUUUUGGUUUUGACCAGGAUUUUUUUAUGUAGCAAACUAUGACACAGUUGGCCUCCGUAAUGGCGAUAUUGGCCAAAGCGGCGGUGGCAGAAAUCGGCAAGCUUGCUGAUGACGGAUUCGCUGUGUUGCGUUUGGAAAUGUCCCGGAGCCAGAAGGAGAAUGACGAUCUUAAGAAGAAAGUCCAGCGGAUGGAGAGCGAGCUGAGGACAGCCGGGAGACAAGCGGGGAAUUCAAGAGGUGCAUCAGAGAGCCGAUCAAUAGGGAUUCAAGUCCGACUUGAAUUAAGAGAAACUGAAAAAGCAGAUGGGUGUUCUUCCGCAGAACAGGAAGUGCGUGAGAUGGGAAAGCAGCCCAGGUUGUGGAGGGAUGGAGAGACCAUCACUGUGAAACUAGAAGAUGAUUUGCACUCCGAUGGCGCGAGUGAGGAGGAGGAUAUAGACAUAGAGGAUGACAGACCGGAAAUACUACUGAUCAAGGAGGAGAGACUGGAAGGGGAGCUGUGGACCAGUGAUCUUCAGGAUGGAGAGGAGAGGAAUGUGGACUCCGGUUCAGAUGCAGGAACGACUCCAGUCUUGGAACAUUCGCACUAUAGGGAAGAGAGUCCCAUGGAGACCACAUGCGCUAAGAGUCGGGGGAGAACGGACACGGAAACCUGCUCCAUAUAUCUCGAUUUGGCUGUGAAGGAGAAAGACGAUUCCUCCCUCAGCAGGAGCAGCUUCACUGCACAGAGCCAAAUGAUAGAUUCAGUGAUCGAACAAUUCAUCUGUUCACACUGCGGAAAGAGCUUCGAUUGUUUUAGCCGCCUCAAGACACACCAGCAAAUACACUCAGGAGAGAAACCGUACAGCUGUGAUAAGUGUGGGGAGAGCUUCUCUUAUCUAAGUAACUUAAAGAGACACGAGAGGAAUAUCCACAGUGAUAAAAAGUCCAUCCAUGGUUCAUCCUAUGACAGGUUUGACACAAAACGAAUCCAUAUUAAUUUACCACACAGACUUCUGCCUGGGGAGAAACCGUUCGGUUGUACACUGUGCGAUAAAAGUUAUCGUAAGCCAAGCCUUCUUAAGAAACAUCAAGUUGUUCACACAGGAGAGAAACCGUAUAGUUGUGAUAUAUGUGGGAAAAGUUUCUCCUAUGUGUGUAGCCUGAAAUCGCAUCAGAUCAGUCAUAGUGGGGAGAAGCCUUUCUCCUGCCCGCAGUGCGGAUCCAGCUUCACAAAGAAAGCUAACCUCGAGACGCAUUUAAGUAUACAUGCAGGAGAAAAACCUUUCAGUUGCCCGCACUGUGGAAAAAGCUUUUCCCAGAAAAGCAAUCUUAAAGCUCACGUUAGGGUCCAUACAGGUGAGAAGCCGUUUUGCUGUGAUGAGUGUGGUGAAUGCUUUAUUCACGCAAAUAGUCUGAAAACCCACAAGCAGAUUCAUACUGGGAAGAGACCUUAUAGUUGUGAAACUUGUGGGAAGAGCUUCAGUCGAGCUACGCAUGUGAAAAUCCACCAGCGCAUCCACACAGGAGAUAAACCGUAUAGCUGUGUUACUUGUGGGAAGUGUUUCAGUCAGAAAGGUUACCUGAAAACACAUCAGGUGGUUCACACAGGCGUAAAGGACUUCAGGUGUCUUGUCUGCGAAAAGAGUUUCAGUCAAGCAAGCUGUCUAAAAAAGCAUCAGCGAAUUCACACAGGUGAGAAACCGUUCAGCUGUGAAAAAUGUGGGAAAUGUUUCGCUUACCAAAAAUCUCUCAAAGAACACAAGUGUGUCUCUGUUUUGAAAUAGACUGUUUUGAAAUAUCUUGUUGAUUUCACUGUUUGGUUUACUGUACCACCAUGUUGCUAGUAAAGUCGAGAGUUGGAAGGGUUUUAA